GCCUUUUCCGUUUUGUUAGAUGCAGAAGAUGACGAUGUAAGAAAAAGAGCUGGGUUACUGAGCCUUUACACUGAAGCUGAGGAAUUGCUAAAUAAACUGGACCCCCAAAUUGUUGCCCCGCUACAACAGAGUGUUCCUGAUUUUGCGCAGAAGCUGAAAAACCACAAGCUGCAACUAACACAGAAGGAGUACUUUGUGCUUGUAGCAGGUAAAUCAAAGUACACUUAUAAAAUUAAAGAACAUUAUUAUUCUUUCAAAACAUAUCGCCUUUUCUGAUUGGCUUAAAUCCCCAACCAAUUCUUUAUGACCGUCAAUGUGGACACAAAAAUUGAUUUUGACUAGUAGAUCGUGCAUUCGGAUGCGUACUUGAAACCGCAGAGAAUACACCCGGAGCAGUCAAUCGAUAAAAAUCGGUAUCGAUUUAUCAACAACAAUAAAAAUCGGCAAAUCUGAUUUGAGUGAUAUCUAUUGUAUCGAUCAAUGGGUAGAAAUCGAUGACACACUCGCUUCGUUCAUCGAUUUGUCUUGAUUUUUACCGAUUUCAUCCAUUUAUAUCGGAAGAUACAUCUGUUCAUCUGUUUAUCAAAAAAUGAAAACUGAACUCAUGCAAACAGUAAACUUAUUGACAAUUGAGUUGCAAUUGAGAGUCGAAGGAUCAAACUUUUAUCACUCUCUAAAGAAAUCUUUAAAGCAAUCUUAUCUUUUCUCUAAAAUCUUCUGAUGGCUGAUAUUGGCCAGGUUUGUAGGGGCCUAUCUGCCACACUGCACACUUUCAAAAUAACGUCGGUGUACCUCCGGGUGUAGUUACAUAAAAAUCGAAAUCGAUAAAAAUCGUCAGCAAGUGAUUUUUAUCGAUUGGUAACAGAAAAUAGUGAAAAUCUAUCGAGGAAAAUCUUUUAGCCUGAAACUCAGACAUCCCUUCGACUCGAGGGAAUGUCUGAAAUUCAGGCUUAGGUUGUAUUUCCCGCGAUACAGUAAAAACCCGCAUACAAGAACAUGUGGAAAACAGGCUGAAAUUUGGAAAAAAAGGAGCAUAUAUAUAAGAACACAUUCAGCCUGAAAAUUGAAAAUUGUUCUUAUAUAUAAAAACUCUUCCCUUUUCAGUUUAAUAGAACACUGUCUGUAGCUUUACUGUAGUAUUGCACUAAGAUCUCUGUAUAAAUGCUAGUAAUUUCACUUGCUGUGUAUAGCAAAUGUACAACAAGUUACAUUUUUUUAGAAGUAAAAAAUUAAGAACACUUAAGAACACUUUCAGGCUGAUUUCACCUAAAAUACCCGAUAUAUAAGAACCCAAUCAGCCUGAACCCCGAAAAUGGGUGUUCUUGUAUGCGGGUUUUUACUGUACUUGCCUGCGAGAACUGAAUGUACGUAGACCGCAACCUCGUUCCAGGGUUCUCUCUCCUACUCGUCCUACCCUGUCUCUUUCCGUAGGGAAGGGUAGGAGAUCACCAUGCUGGGACCGAGUUUUAGAGAGAAACUUGUGCGUAGUUUCCACAAUUCUCAUUUUCAUGUUUGCUGAUAAGAUGUUACUCGUAGAGGUGAUUUCUAGGCGGUACCUAUGUAACUCGUGCCAAACUGAACAACAAUGGCGGACUUCCGUUAUAUCACUACAAUCAUGGAAAAUCGAUAAUAUCGAUUUGACACAGCAAUUUAGUUUAUCAAUUUUCACCGAUUUCCUUUAUCAAUCGAUAAAAAUCACUUGAUUGCUACCGAUUUUUAUCGAUCUCUCUUGAUGUUUAUCGAUUGACUAAUCCGGGAAUACGACAACCUUUUUUUCUGGUACGGUCACGAAACCGCUGCAGUGAAAAACAGUUGUUGUUAUAGAUUUUUAUCGAUUUUUAAUCAAAAAGUGAAUCAGCAAUUAUAGAUUGAUCGAUUGGUUUUCCGAUAUAGGUUUUUAUCGAUUGGAAUGCACUCGUCAGGCUGAUAAAGGUCUGUAGUGAAGGCCGACACUCCCUAUACACUUAUUUAUGCGCUGGACGAGAUAAGUUUAUAAGCUCCUUUGACUCGCAGCAACUUUAUUUCCAUAACAUUCCACAACCAGAGGGUAAUUUUGAACAUUUCGACAAGGUUGCAGGGCUUGCAGUUUGUUUAAAUAUAUAUUUUUUGUUCUAUCCUUUUGUUUACUUGUUCAUCACCUUGCCGUAAGGAUCAGUUUGCCGUUUCAUAUUUUUCUACAAGUUUAAUUGUACUGAUCCAGGUCUGAACUGGGAGAUCCGGCACCACUCAUAGGUUUGUUGCUGUGGACUUGCUGACAUUUCAUGUAAAUAUAAAGCCCUUGAAAUACAACAUUUUGCUGCGAUUUAGUUUUAAUCGUUUUAUAGAAUAAAACUUUUUGCUAUGGUCCUGAUAUAUAAUACGUUUUUAUGAACGAUCGCACAAAAAAGUUAAAAAGAAGUGAAAUUUUAAAUUUUGCUAAUAAACGGCCCGACCACACUCCAAUUUUGACACAAUAUCCCCACCCCCUCCCCGCUCUUUUACUUGCGCCAUUUUUCGCGCGCUCUUUGACUCUCGUUCCUUGUUCUUUGCUCCUAAACCGCACGGAAACGUUUGCUACGCAGGCUACCAGGAUCCAUUUCCGUCCUCCUUUGAGUGAGGACCCUAGUUCGAUUAUUGUUUCCUGGAGUCCUUCUAAGUGGCUUCAAUCUCAUCUUAUGUAUUGGUAACUUGCUAUCUUCACAGGAGAGACAGGUUCUGGGAAAAGUAGCUUGAUAAAUCUUAUUUUGGGAGAAGAGCUUCUUCCAUAUUCUGUUCUCAGUACAACGUCUACCAUUUGCGAGCUAAGAUUUGGGGAGGAACGUAAAAUUGUUGCCCACUUUAAAGAUAAGGAUCCUGAAACAGGCCUGCCAACAAAAGUUGUCCCCUUAAGAGAGUGUCAAGGCAGAGAAUCAACAGAACAAGGCUAUCUUCAGCAGAUUGCACCUUAUGUUCAUGUAAAGAGUGAUCGCGGAAGAGGAUCAAUUUUCAAAAAGAUUGAGCUCUUUUGGCCUCACAGUCUCUUGGAGGUAGGCUUGAUAGACUUGAUACAGUUUAAAGUUGUAGUUUGAGGUCAAUUUUAUGAUAUAUCAACUCACCAUCCGGGGUAUGGCUAUACAAAAGGUUAUAGAAAGAAUACUAUCGAGUGUGAUUAGUAAUGGAUAUAUAACUGUACUACUGCUUAAAUUUAUGUAUUUUUUGGUUAGUAUCGUGACUGUUACACAGCAAUCAGCAAAAAGCAUUAUUGAUAUUAUUUCCCCUGGCCAACGACUGUUUGUUCAGAUAAGCAUACAAACGUGUAAUGAGGAAACGUUUUUUAAAGCUAUUGAAAAGGACCAAUGUAAAUCAAAGCUAGCUUUUCAUUUGUAUUUCAGAAAGGAAUUGUGAUAGUUGACAGCCCUGGAGUUGGCGAGUCGGAUAUUAUGGACGAGAUAGUUACGCAGUAUCUACCUCAGGCAUUCGCUUUCCUCUAUGUCAUCAACAGUGCAAACGCUGGUGGAGUUCAGAGACACCGAGUAAGUAUCGCAAAAACGAUUUUUCGCCCAUGGAAAGAAGUCAUAAGUGUCAAUUUAAGGAGCAUAUUGUUUUAGAGGUUACGAGAAAAGAAAACCUGCAACCUGUCAUACCACAGAGAACAACGCUACCGAAAUGUCAGUAAAAUGGGCUAGGUGACAUUUUUAUUGUUGCAGCGAAUUACUUGCAUAGGGGCCCUUCGUGGCAGCCAAAAAGCCAAUUAAAUUUUAAUCAUUAGUUUAUCAUUUUGCCUGAUUUCAUAUUGAAUGUUUGCCUAUUACUAUGGUACCCUGUAAAGUUUGAUUUAGUGCAUGUACUAUCAAUUUUCCCUGACUUUAAAUUUUCCCCUCGUAUUCCACUGGUAAGUUGCAUUUAUAUAGUUAAAUUAUCUUUCAUCCUAUGUAGACGACUUUGGUAGAAUUCCCGCAUAAAUUCAAUGAUCAUGCACAAUAUGUCUAUUUCGUUACUCUUUCAGCUUGAAAGAUUACUUGAGAAAGUCAGAAAAAUCACUCUUGAAAGACAGGGAGCAUUACCUACCAAAUCUGCCUUGUUUGUGUGCAACAAGUGGGACCAAGUCCCGGAGAAGGAAUGGAACGAGGUGAAGAAUCACGUGAUCAUAAGAUUGCAAAGAUGUUGGCCUGGGGUUGAUCCCGAGUCACAGAUCAUACAUAUGUCAACUACAAAUGCCAGUCAAGCCCAAGACUAUAAGAUUGUUACCGAGGAAUUUUCCACUUUGAUGAACAGCUUAAGGCGCAUGGUGUUAAAGAGUAUUGGAGACAUGUUGGAAAUUCAUUGGAAGUAA